AAUGCAUCUACACAAAACACUUGUGCCUGGAUGGGAGGCAGAUACACCUGGAAAUUUAUGAUCCUUGUUCACAGCAGGGGAAGCUCUCCCUCACCGAUGAGCUCCACUGGGCUGAUGGGUUUAUCAUUGUGUACGACAUCAGUGACAGAGCAUCAUUUGCCUUUGCAAAAGCUUUGCUGUACAGGAUCCGAGAGUCUCACUCAGGAGUUUGUAAAAAAGUGGUCGAGUCAUCAGUAUUUUUGGUUGGUAAUAAACAGGAUUUAUGCCACAUGAGGGAAGUUGGCUGGGAUGAAGGACAGAAGCUGGCAAUAGAUAACAAGUGCCAAUUCUGUGAACUGUCUGCAGCAGAACAUUACCAAGAAGUUGUGGCAAUGUUCACCAAAGUCCUGAGAAAUAUCACUUCAAAUUGCAAAGUGAAGGAAAAGAGACGACCCAGUGGAUCAAAGUCAAUGGCCAAGUUAAUCAACAAUGUGUUUGGAAAGAGAAGGAAAUCUGUGUAAAAGAUGGUUAGCCUUGAAGUAGGAACAAGCUGAAAUAAUGGAGCAGGGGCAGCUCUUGGUAUUCAGUGUAUUUCCUCCAAAGGUCAAUGUCUGGAGGAGUAAGACAGUAGAAACCAAGGAUGGGAGAUAGGAUGGUCAAGUGGAUGGUCUAGACCUAGAAGACCUGACCUUCUAUUUCCAGUUCUAUUACAGAUUUACUGUAUUAGGGCUAUGUCACUUAAAUUGUAAGCUGCUCC